AUGCUCAACAUCACAUCAGGUCAAGCUGCUACCGAUGGGAGCUUUAAUUCAACCAUCACGGACAGUCAAAGGCUUCUUGAGUUAUCCCAUCGCCCCAUAAAAAUAGCAAUAAUAUCGGUUUUGGGAGUUAUGAUUACACUGGGGAACAUGGCUGUCGUUUCAGUCAUCGCCUCCUCAGUGGCCGGGUGGUCAAGAAACUCACGGUACUUUUUACUUUCUCUGACUGGAGCCGACGCUGCGUUCGGACUCGUUGUCAUGCCUCUGAACCUCUGCGUAAGUCUGCUGAAGGACUACAGCGACGGGCCUGAUCCCUUCUGUCAUGUUGUGGCAUUUUUUAACUCAACGAUUUACGCCACUUGCAUGUAUACUCUCGCCACCAUAAGCCUCGAAAGGUACGUGGCGGUGUUCAAUCCGCUGAAGUACACAUCAUUAAUGACUAGAAGGAGAGCUCUGAUUUUGAUAGCGUUCGCCUGGUUAUUCCCACCUGUGCUGCUGUUGCCUAUCUCCUUUCCCGAUGGGAUCAUUAAGGUGCACUUCUCCACGGCGUCUUUGGUCUGCAACCCCUCGUAUUCUACCAACGUUGUGUAUUCUUUGACUUUAACCUGCUUAAUAUUUUUCCCGUGUUCAACCAUCAUGACUUACGCCAACCUUCGGCUCUGGUUUGCUGCAAAGAGGCAGCGGUUAAAACUUCAGAAGCACAACAUGGGCGGCCACAUCAGACCCGACGUGGCCUCCCGUGUGCUUGUUCCAGUUAUGACUGUAUACUAUACCUGCUGGACGCCAUGCAUGGUGACUAUCCUGUACAACGCCAUCUCGGGCGGAAAGGUUCCGGAGUGGGUGGAGUUUGUGGCCGUGUGGCUGCCCACGUCCAACGGCUUCCUCAACUGCAUCUUCUACUUCUGGAUCAACCGCAGCUUCCGCAGGAAGUUCCGCCUCCUGGCCCAGAGGCUUUGCCUGGUGCUGUGCCCCAAGAUCAGCAGAACCCUCGGGUGCGAGUCCCCGGCUGCCGUCCACGUGGUGGCCGGCGUCUGGGACAACAACAACUCCCUCCAGGAACGCUCCUCUAGCGUGUCCUCCACAUGCACCCUGUUAACCCUGGUUACUGAGACCCACAUCUGA